AUGGGUAUCACCUUACCCAAUCACGAUCGCAUCGCUUAUCAAGAAGCAAAAGACAUGAUUAUUUCUAAGCUUGAAGACCGUAUUCUCGCCGGAAGGAAAACUGAUCAAACAAGCGUUAUCUUGGCAGGCACAGAAGGCACCGAUAAUAUUGUCGCGUCAGAAAAACCAGGACAGUAUCAGCAUGUCACGACGUUGUCUGACAUCAGUCAACCCGACCUCGCACUUGUCAAGAAACUAGACAAUGUUCAAAUAUUGGAAUCCGAAGACUGGGCUGCAGAUAUGUUCGAUGCCAUCAUCGUAUCCAUCGAAGUAAUUCGGAAGCAUUGUCGCCAUUUGAAAUACGACAAGCAUAUCCAAGUGAUCACCACACUUGACAAUGAAAUCGAUUGGCUGGACACUGAAGCUAUUCAAGCCAUGCUGAAAAGAGAAAACAUAUCCAUCACAGCUAUUUGUGUGGGUCUUGAUGACACAUUGAGCGGCAAAACCAAACCAAGCGAGAGACAAAAAAUGAAUGCUAAACACUGGGAAAUGUUUAUCGAAGGAGUUCCUGGCAGCGAACUUAUCGACUACGAACCAGUCUUUAAAGAGAUGCAGAGAUUCAGGAAGAAGGAAGUGCGACCAACUCCAACGUAUCGUGGAUACCUUCAUCUUGGUGAUCCUGCUACCUAUCCCGAUACAUCUUUGGCUAUAAGUGUGAAUAUGUAUGCUCAGGUCUACGAGGCGAAAAUUCCGACUGCCAAAAAAUGGUCGGCUAUUUCACGCGUAGUUGAUGGUCACAACGAAAGCGGACAAUCGAGCCAUCAAGUUGAAAUGGAGAAGACGUACGCUAUCAAACGUGCAGACGAGAGCAACGACGAAGGGGGAGACACCAUCAUGAACAAUCCAGUUGAUGAAAAGGACAUUCAAAAGGCCUACAGAUUUGGCAAGACCCUGAUUACCGUAUCGGAAGAGGUGGAGGACUAUUUGAAGCUUCAUACCGAGCCAGAGAUGACCAUUCUUGGUUUUUAUCAUACCAAUGCAAUCCCAAGAGAUUAUUUGAUGUCCAAUGUUUAUGUCAUUACCGCAGGAAGCUAUAACUCUGCAUUUGCUGGAACUGCCAUCUCGGUCUUAGCCCAGACAUUGAGGAAAAUGUCUGCUGUAGCCCUUGUUCGGCACGUUUCUCGUGCGAACGUACCACCCAAGCUUGCAGUUUUAUACCCACACUUUGCGGAGAAUGUAGACGCUCUUCGUUUUGUUCAGGUUGCAUAUGGCGGAGGCGUCCGUCAGUUUACGUUCAACUCUUUGGAUAAGGCUUUGACAGCUUCGGGAAAGAUUAUCGAAACCGAGCAUCCUUAUCUACCCACAAAAGAUGUGGAAGAUGGCAUGAAAGAUUUGAUCGAUAUGAUGGAUAUCGAAUCUUUAGGCCAGGACGAGGAGGGGAAUGAAUACCUGGAUCCGGAAGAAACGUAUAACCCGCGUUUGUGGUUAGUCAACAAAGCUAUCACGACUCGAGCAUUAAGACCCGCUGCACCGAUCCCUGACAUCGACCCGCGACUUGUGAAGCAACUGGAGCCAAUACCAAAGCUCCUUGAACGAUCCCAAGAGCCGGUUUCUCGUCUUAAACGGCUUUUAAAUAUCAAGCAAGUUGAUCCAACGAAGAAGAAGAGGCGCUAUACGGCUAAUGAUCAAGUAGCUGGAGAGGAUCACGGUGAUCGACGGACUGUGGAAGAUAUUGUACGAGGUGGCGAGCAAGGAAGCAAAGGUGUGGGUAGUCUUUUACAGAAAUCCAGGGAUGUACGCGAGAUUUCCAUGGCCAAUCCUGUUGCCGACUUUGAGGACAUGGUCAAAAAUAUGAAUGAAGAUUUAGUGACAGAAGCGGUGACACAAAUGACCAAAAUGAUUCUCCAACUUGUUACCACGUCUUUUGGUGAUAGACAGUAUGGAACUGCCAUGGAUUGUCUCAAAGUGCUAAGAUCGACCGCUGCAAAGGAGAAUGAAUCUGAGGAUUUCAAUCGCUUCAUGAUUCAGUUAAAGAAUGCAUGUGACCCGCGAAAUCCACAAUCACGUCGACUUGACUUUUGGAACAUGAUGAAGAAGGAAAACAUUACAUUGAUCACAAACGAAGACGCUCCUGAUAGCGAGGUGACCCCAGAAGAAGCCGAAACUUAUCUUAAGGGUGUUGACAAAGCCAAGGAAGUAUUAACGUCGACACCAAUGGAAACAAGGGAAGAGGAAAAUGAGAUGGACGAAGACGAGGAUUUGUUUGCGAUGAUGGAGUGA